GCCAGGUGUGGAAGCUAGGGAAAAUCGUUGAUCUCAAAGCAUACAAGUCAGAACGCCAGUGCUCUGAAGGUCACCACCAGCCUCGACAGUGAGGAGUCCUUGAGUCUUUUCAAGCUACAGCAAAUGGAGCGGUAUGGAAUAGGAGACAUUUAGGAGACAUGAACUGCCUGUUCCUGCAAAUGCUCAUUGGUUUCUGGAACAUCAAAAAGUUACAGUUCACUUCUGCACGCUAGUGCCUCUCCUCAGAAGCCGCAGUUAGCCGACGCUGAGGUAAAAUUCGUUUCUCUGAGGCACCUGUGAAGAAAACUGUUGACCAUCCAGGCCAGGUGGAGGGAAUAGAAAGACGACAACAUCUAUAAUCCCAAAACCAUCUGGUUUUCUCAUUUUCUCCUCAGCAGCCUCGUCAGGUGUGGUACAGCCAGCGAGGCCUGCAGAACCAUGAAGCUCACAGAUGGUGUUUUGCGGAGCUUCCGUGUAGCCAAGGUUUUCCGUGAGAACUCAGACAAAAUCAACAGCUUUGACUUCAGUGUCAGUGGUGAGACGGCUGUCUCAAGCAACAGUGACGAUACCAUCACUCUGUAUGACUGUCAGGAGGGCAAACCGAAGAGAACCCUGUACAGUAAGAAAUAUGGUGUAGACAUAAUUAAAUACACACGGGCAGAAAGCACUGUAAUAUAUAGCUGUAACAAAAUAGAUGAUGCAAUCCGAUACCUGUCAUUGCCUGAAAACAAAUAUAUUAGAUACUUCCAUGGGCACAAGAAAACCGUGGUGACCUUAUCCAUGUCACCCUCAGAUGAAACCUUUAUCUCUGGGUCUAUAGAUAAAACCAUCCGACUCUGGGAUCUUCGAUCUCCCAACUGCCAGGGUUUAAUGCAUCUCCAGGGAAAGCCAGUUUGUUCAUUUGACCCAGAAGGGUUAAUUUUUGCAGCUGGAGUCAAUUCUGAAAUGAUUAAGCUUUAUGAUCUCCGCUCUUUUGAUAAGGGUCCAUUUGCAACCUUCAGAAUGGAGCAGGAUAAGACCUAUGAGUGGACGGGCUUAAAAUUUAGCAAGGAUGGCAAACACAUCCUAUUAUAUACCAAUGGCAGCUGUUUCCAUGUAGUUGAUGCCUUUAAGGGUAUAGUGACACAUAUUUUUUCAGGGUAUAACAACCACCAGGCUCUCUCAUUGGAGGCUGCCUUCACUCCAGAUUCUCAGUUUGUUAUGAUUGGGUCUGAAGAUGGUAAGAUCCAUAUCUGGAAUGGAGAAAAUGGAGAGAAAGUGGCUGUUUUGGAUGCGAAACACACAGGUCCCAUAACCUGCUUACAGUUCAAUCCUAACUUCAUGACCUUUGCCAGUGCAUGUUCUAACAUGUCAUUCUGGCUGCCUACUAUUGAUGAUUAAUCUCAUCCUUAUCAAUUGUGUCUGUACAUUGAAGUUCAGGCACAUUGAGGAUGAAAAGAACUGAGUUUAAAAAAAAAGAAAAAAGAAAAAAAAAAGAAAAAAGAUUUAAAAAAGCAAAAAAAAAAGAAAAAAAGAUUUAAAAAGAAAAAAAAAGCAAAAAAGAGAAAAAAAAGAAAAAAAUGAUUGACUAUUAUUAUUUUGAUGACUUCCACACAGUCCUUUUUCACGAACACGAUUUUUGCCUACGUUCCUUUCCCCCCUCCUUUCCUUUAGAAGAACUCUUUAGUGCUGCAGAUAUGAAGUCAAACCUCUUUAUUUCCAGCUCCAUAUUACAUGAAACCCUCCAUUGGAGAUGAGCUAUGUCAGGCUUAUGAAUGUGAGUGUGGAACCCUGUCAUAGCAUCCUUUUUAAUUUUAUUUUACAUUGAGGAGCAAAUAAAAUCUUAGCCAUAUGUGUAAGCUUGUACUACACACAAACCAAACUGGCAAAUGGAUUUUUAAGAAUGAUAUCAUUAAAUAUUGGAGUGCUUUACUAAUAGGAGACUGUGUCCUUAAAAGACCUGUAAGAUACCAAAAAAUCACACAGUCCCAUCUCUCGUAUAUAUAGCUAUGCCUUGGGCCCCCCACCCUAGCUCGUUCUCUGAAACUGCUAUGUCUACAGAUGCAGACUACUGAACACUACAUCCUCCAUCUUGGGAUGAGGUUGAGAUAGUUUCAUAGUCCUACCCUGGCAUUAUACCCACCAUUAAAGAGAGUGGACAUAAGAAAUAAUUAAAGGGUGGGGGCAUUUUAAAAGGCAAAAAUACUAUAGAUGUCAAGAGUUAGAAAGCUCUCUUAAAACCCAGAGCGCUAACAAAUAAUUCAAAAGAAAUUAUCCUAAAAUUAUAAAAGCAAAUGAAUACUAAACCAUCAUAGAGAGAUAAGCCAAAGAGAAAAGAAACAAUGCCUGAUGAGAAACUACCAGAGACCUCCAGAAACCAAAGAGAACAUGAGCAUCAAGCGAUGACACAACUACUAGUAAAAGAGAGGAAAUACAGUAGAGAAGACUUUAGAGAUGAUUACAUAGCAGAAUUUAUGACUCUCAAUAUAAAGACAAAAAUUUGCUUAACAGAAAAAUGUGUGAUUAUUCCUUGAAAGCAUCUUUAGAGUCUGUGAGACAUGAACAGAUUUGUCCUAAAAAAAUACUGAAGGGGACAAAAACUAUCAGAAAAAAAACCAUUAAAACCAUCAAAAUUUGAAAAACAUUAAAAUAAUGCAAUCUCCAUACAAUUGAAAACCCUUGACUUUGUACAAAGACAAUUUAAAGAUCAAAGACUCUCAGAAAAAUGAUAACCUGAUCACCUUACUGUAGGAAAUAAUAUUAAAUAACUGCCCUGAACUUUUUAACACUCAAAAUUAAACAUCCAUCAAAAGAAUUCAUAGGUCGCUUCAAGUGAAAAGAACCCCACGUUUUCAUGCUCAGUGUACAGUAUUUGAAAUGGACAGUAGAAAUAUCAACAACAAAUUCUAUACCCAACCAGAAAAGAACUUUAAGUAUAAAGCAAAGGAGUCAUUAGAAACCACAGAAACCAAUGACUGUUUUUUUCCCUCUGAAAAGAUAAGGAUUGCAAACAGACAACAAAGACUGUCCCCUACUAACCUGACAGUAACUGCCAACAAAAAGACAUUCCAUAAAAGAGAUGCAUUUGAGGUAUUUUGGCCCCCAUUUCCAAAUAAAACAAAACCUUGAGCAGAAUACUGAUCUCCACAGUGAAUUAGCCCACCUUUAACAUUUAGUUUAUUAAAAGUGAAAGACUGGCCUAUAGUAAAACAACAACAACCAAGAAGGGAUUGCAAAGAGAUUUAGCCCACAAGUAGAUAAAGAUGUAAGCAGAAAUAUGAAGAGUUGGAGAUGUUACAGUGUGGAGCAGAGCUGAAGCCCAGCGGACUCAACUCCAUUACAGAUGAGAAAUUGCAUUGCAGAGCAUUUCGAGUGCCUUGUCCACCGUCCCUGCAGCCAGCUGGUGACAGAGCCAAGUAUCAGAGUGGAGGGUUCCUGCCUCCCUUUUCCAGCGACUUCUGCUACUAUGGAUCAUCUCCUAUCAUCGAGGACCAAGGAAACAACAAAGGACAAUGACAAGAUAACACCUAUGAAUAUUUGCCACAUAGAAAGACAGCCUAUUUGUUUCUGAUACAGGUCUCCUAGGAAAAGACGAAGAAAAGGUUGGAUAAUCCAGAUAGUGAGAUCCUUAACAAUGUCCCUGUAGGCAGAUCAUCGAUGGUCAUGUGCUGUGGCCUGCUUCUCCAUGACAUGGGUCUCUCCAUUACCUAUUCAGCCACCUGUCACCUGAAUCCUUUGUCACCUCACAGAUCUCCAUGAUGCACAGCAACUACUCAUCUUUGUAGAGAACACUGGAGUUGAAAAGGGCUGGUUUUGUGAUGGAGUAGCUUUAAGAUCAUUGAAUGUAAUCCCUGGUUUCCUACAUACAUUAUUCCCUGGAAUCUUUUUCUUCUUGUUCACCCCUAGGCCGAGUAUCAUAUCUUUGCACAUAUGUGAGGCUUGUCUAAGAUAUAUGAAAGCAUUAACUCAUUGUUCUUCUAGUCCAACUACUGUCAUCUGGGUAAUAUGCGCUCUCUACAUUCUGCUGUUUGUAUUUCUCAUUGAUAUGGGCACUCUCUGCUUGAUAGCCAAUUAAGAUCCAUCCAGGCUCUAAGAUCUUAUGUGACUUUUCCAUGUUCUUCCAAAUAGCUGCUAUUGGGUUCUCGCCCAGUCUGUUUAGGGCCUUUAUCUAAGUCUUGACACCACUAACAUGAUACCAUAUUUUGUGGGAUGUCCAUCAUCAUUUCCUCUUUAUAAACUUGGUAUGUUGUUUUCUGUGGGUGUGUUCUUCUCUUAAUGUUCUUUGAUUUCCUAUUGGACAAUGUAGUAUUUCAAGGUUUGGUUUCAUUUGUAUUUCUUCAUAAGGUGCAUCAGAGAUAUGAAAGUUCAAAUGUGGUACUUCCCCUGUCAUUGAUGGCACAAAUUAAGCCCUAUAGUAAGACAAAUCUGUUUCAUUUCACGUCUUUGUCAUGCUUUCUUCACUCUCAUAUACUUGUCUUUCAGAGUAAUCUCUCUUUUCAGACAAAAUAUAUGUUUGUACAUAAAAGAUACUUCCCAACAAAACACCUGAACAUCCCCACAUAAAACCUGUUACUUGAAGGGAACGAGGGACUGUGAUGCCAGAAAUAACAAUAAAGAAGGAAGGCCUCUGAGCAUUCUUAAAAUUUAUGAGAACUACAGAGGGAUAUGCCAUCAAUACAGACCCCAAAGUUAAAUUAUAACAUCUCAGAAGUUAGAAAAACAUAAACAGGAAGGUGUUUACAGUUUGAUGUAUUUCUUCUGCCUUGUUUCAUGUAAGGGGAUGUAUAUUUUAUGCAAUAUUUGUUAACUUCAU